AUGUCCCAGCAACAGUCAACCAUCCAUUCGUCUUUCCCCUUCGAUUCUAAAGCCUGAACUUCAAGGCAAUCCCAUACCAGAUCGACCACCUCGAAUUGUUGGACUUUGUACAUUUCCCGGCCAGACUUUCCACUUCUCGGUUUCCCUCAGUAUCUACCGGAUUCCAACUUGUAUUUAAGCUAGCUCUCCCCCCGUUGUCUGUUUUAAGCGCAGCAAUACACCGACCACCGACGACUAUAAUCCAUCCCGCCCUACCCUCACCACCAGGCUUUUUUUUUUGGAAGGCCAAGGUCGCUUCACUAAAAUACUUUAUAUUGCACGCUCACGCGCGAGCUAUAUUCUUUCGGCACUAUGGAUUCCGAACACUUUGGAGGUCGUACUGACGACGACCUCUUCGCCGACGACUUCGAGCCCGUAGCGCCCGAGGAGCAGGUCGCGACCAUGUCUACGGAAACAGGAACGCCCGUACAAGACACGGACAUCACGAGUCCUGCUUCCACUGCCGUGGAAUCCCCUCAAUCGUUGGAGUCAGCGCCUGUCCAGAAGUCCACCCCCGCGCCUCAAGCACCCAAAGGACUUGCCAACUCGCGUCACGCACCCAAAGGUCCUGAGAAGCAACCACGCAACAACAAUCGUCACCCCAAAGCCAACAACAACGUCAACAACAACGCCGGCAACAACAGCGCGACUCAGUCUCAACAACAGCAGUCCACCUCCAGCACACCUCCCUCCGCCCCUAAAGAAUUUCGCGAGAAAGAAGCCAGGGAUAAGGAAGCUGGCCGUAACACUGCAAGUGUCUCAUCGGCCGCUAGAAUUGGUUCCGGGGCGAAUCCACGCACCAAACUUACUGAAGACGAACUGGCAGCCAAGAUGGAGAAGAUGCGUAUUAUGGCCGCUGAGAAAACUAAGCGGUUCGAACAAGCCCAGCGUGACGAAAAUGAGCAUGCUGCCGCCUACGCUAAGGGCAUGGAAGAGGAUAGGAAACGUCGUGCCGAGCAAGCGGCUAAGAGGAAGGCUGCCGAGGAAGACCGCAAGAAGAUGGAUGAGGAGCGGGAAAAGAACCGUGAGCGCAAGAUGCGCGCCAUGGGCGCUAAGGAGGGUGGCUCUUGGGACGAGGGCAAGGAGGAGCGCAUGAGAGAGGAGGACCGAAGAGGCUACAGGGGUGUUAGGGGGGUUGCAAACACACCAUCGUGGGCGCAAGAUCCGGCUGACGGCAAUGAGCAGGCAAACGGUUACCGUGGCGGACGUCGUGGUGGAAGAGGAGGAUUCGGUGGCGGAAGAGGUCGUGGGGGAGGUGAUGGGUAUGGAGGUCGUACCCUUUUCGAGCCGGACCCGGAGAACGAGACUGGUCAGCGUUUCUAUCAGCGUGACAAUAACCGAAACCGCGGCAGGGACUGGAAGGCGGAUGGCCCAGCGGCCCCUCGUGCUGAACGCUCCGGGCCUGGGCCUGGUGCACCAAAAGCCGACAAACCGAAGUUGACCCCCGACGAGUUUCCUGCACUCCCCGGCAGCAAAGCCACCGCACCGCAAGUCAGCACAAGCGCCCCCCUAUCUUUUGCUUCCUUGCCCCUCUCGCCUGCUGUGGGCAGAUGGGAUGAUGAGGUGGAAGAAAGUAUCUCGAAAAAAGCGGCACAGGCAAAGGAGGCGGCGAACGCGCAGGCGAAGUCAAAAGGAAACUAGAACCCUUCCUAUGCGAGGCCUACCUUGGCUUCAACCGUUCGUUCCAAUUCUCAGGACCCUCCUCGUAUCAAGCCACCGUUAAUGUCAACGACGCGCCCAAAAGGUCACCAUGAAUCUGAUUCGCGAGACACAGUCAAUAAAGAGCCGGCAGCGGAGCAUGAGUCGACGAAACUGGCGAGGGUGAAGGGUUUCCUCUCAGUUCCAACCCAAGUAGUGGCUGGCCACCUAGGUCUUGAACCACCAAAGGUUGAUGCCACUCUAACUUCAGAUCAGAUAGUCACUGCCCGCCAAACCCUUAAAACGCCGGUGGCCACUCCAGCGUUAGACAAGUUACCAGCCGGUCUCCAACAUCUCGAACCGUCCAAGGCGGUCGGGGUACAAAGACGCCUCGAGCAAUAUCAAAGGGACCUCGAGGAAAUGCAACAGAAAAUCGCAGAGAGGGCAAUAGAAACACCCGGGAGCCACAAAGCAUCCCAGGUUUUGCCACUUACAGCAAGUAACAGAGCAUUGCUGGAUGUUCAAUAUAUGAAAAGCGAGCACGUUGAAGAUGAACAAUCCUAUCGCCAUUAUAACAACCCGGAAAACAUUAUAAAAUGGGUAACAGAAUCCGAUAUCACCCAAAUGCGUCGGUGGAAGGGUCCCAACAUGCAUUCCGAUGAGAAUAAUACGACACCAGAGGAGUAACUUGCCGUUGGUGACGACUCGGUGUAUUUUUCCUCGGGAGGGCGACUUGUAGAGGGGUCCUGGAAACCACAGGCAUUUUUUUUGGGCCGUAGAGGAUGGAAGCGAGGUGUUUCUUUCAUGUGAUACGAAAAAUGUCUAGACAACAGCGAUUUUGUAAAAGCGAACAGACGAAUUGAUACCACAAGAAUCUGAAUUGAGAUUGCUAGCCGGAACCGCAAUUGAUCAUGCACAAUGUAAAGGGUAA